UCCAUCUCGCCCGCCAUCGUGGCGCCUCGCCGGGUGCCGGCGCCGAGGCACCAUGAUGUUGCCAAACUACGUCUCGCCGCCCCGGCACGUGCUCGACGGGGCGGCGCAGGGCUCCGAGCUCCUCGCCAGGGAGUGGUGGCAUGGGAUGGUGAACUUCACUCGGAAGCCCUACGAGUGCAUGAGCCGCGAGGGGCUCAUGGGCCUGCCCAAGGGCGUCAUCCUUGGGUCCUACGAGCUCACGCGCGGCGUUGCUGACGGCACCCUUGACUUGGUGAGCAACGUGGUGGAGGGCAUCCGCAACACGCCAGACACCGUGGCGAACGCCAUGCUCGGCGAGGACCGGCCCCACUGGAAACACGGCAUCGACGGCGAGGAGGGGCGCAUCCUCGAGACCCACCUCGAGAGGCCGUCCACGCAGAUCGUGGACGGCACCGUGCAGGGCACGAAGGUGUUUGGGAUUGCCACAGGAGCAGUGCACCUCGCGCGCCGGGCAGCUGCCAUGCGCGCCGGCCGCCUCGCCGCGCCCUGCCCAGGCGAGCGGCGGGCUGGCCGCGCCCCACGAGCCUCUUCCGGCUGGCGCCAUGGCGACCGGCCGAGACCGAGCCUGCGCGCCGCUGUGCGCAGGCUCGGCUUCGCGGCCCGCGUUGGCCGCCGGCCGCUCAUGAGCGACGUGGCCAGUCUCGCUCGAGUGGCUGCUCGUACCGUUCCCGCAGCUGGCGGCCGUGCAGGCCAUAGACAUGAUGAUCAUGAUGAUCGUCGGGCGGCCGAGCCCGAGCCGGUGCUGGAGCGCGCCGCCGCCGCCAGCGACGCCCAUGCGCACGUCAAGUGCUCCGGCUGCGCGGUGCCGGCUGCGCGGACGCAGGCCGUCCCCGCCGUGGCGUUCCCCGAGCAGGAGCACCUGGAGGCCGCCGUGCAGGCUGCCCCGCCACGCCGGACAGAGAUGCAGCGAGUACAGCGCUGCAGGCCCACUUCGGCCAGCCAGGCUGCGGAUCUAGAGAUCCGCCUCCUUUAUCAGCAUGUGUCCCGGCUGACACGCAUCCUGCUCAGCCUCGAACGGACGGCUCCGGAUUUCCCGCUCGUGCAGAGUCACCGUACUAGAGUGUGCGAGCUACAACGAUUGGUGGCAGAAGCGGAGGCCAGGCGCGCAGCCUUGACUCCCACCGCCUCCGAGCCCGCGCCGGUGCUGGAGGCGCACGUGCAGCGCGAGCCCGUGCAAAGCGACGUCGUCGUGGUCUCGCCGAUCUACCCGGCUGCUGUGACCCCGCCUGUUGCUGGAGGUCGCAGAGGCGCGGUCGCAGAGGCGCACGUCGUCCCGUUGGCCCGCGCAGCGGCAGUGGGCAGUCGCCCCCCCGUGCUCCCGGCGAGCCUGACCACGGCACCUGGGACGAGCUGCCCGCCGCCGCACGCUGCCGACCACUCCCGCGCGGGCCGCGCGGCCGAGGCCCGCCCCGCGGCUGCUGGUGCCUUCGUGCGGCUCGCCGCGAGCCACACGGCCGCCCCGACGCCUGGAGCUGGAGAGAGCGAAGUCCCUUCUGCGCCCGCCGAGCUUGAGCGCGUGAUAGGGCUGCCAUCCAGCCGGAGGCCCGCCCGGGUGGACCGGCUGGUCUCCCUUUUCGCGGAGAGCCAGGAGCAGCUGCAGGACCUGUGCUUGCACGACCCGCGGCAGGCCGAGAUCCCGCGCCGGGUCGUAGCCACCCAGAUCGAGCUGUUGACGCGCCGCAUCGAAUGGUACGGCAAGGAGACCGAUGCAGCGUCGCAAGCGCCGUCCAGCGGGAGAACAGACGGACCCGUGGUGCUGCCCGUGCCGGCGGGCCUCGUCAAGCCCACCGCGCCGAGGCCACCAGCGCGGGUCAUUGCGGCCAUCGAUACGAGCAGCAGGCCAGAUGUCGGCGUGGACGAGGUCGCCGAUGAGAUUGUUCCGCCAGUUCUCCCAAAGAUGCACCGCUGGGAGGCCUCGUUUGACCAGGCCAUGCGCUCGAAGCAGCACUGGAAGCAGGACCAUGCAGCGCGAGUGCAGCGGCAGGCCCCGGCCCAGCCGCCAGCGCAGCAGGCGCCAACGCGCGACCGCGGCACCGGGGCGGACGGCCUGGGGAAGGCUCCGAGCAACGGGGAGCUGGUGGCGCAGCUGCGGGCGGAGCGCGAGAGGCUGGAGGCGCUGUUGCCGCGCUUCGAGCGGCAGCAGCAGCGCAUCGUGCAGCUGGAGCAGCAGCCGGCAUUGGACCUCGCGGAGCAGUUGCAGGAAGAGCAGCGCGCGGCGAUGGCGGCGCGCGCGAAGGAGCUCCAGGAGUGCCGCCGCAGGGAGCAGGAAGCCCGCGAGCGAGAGGAGCAGCUCCGCCGAGAGCAGGAGGAAGAGGAGCGGAUGCGAGCCCAGAUAUACGAGCAGUACCAGGCCGAGAAGAGGCGGCUCGAGGAGCAGCGACUGCAGGAGAGGGAGGACGAGAGGCGCGUGCACGAGGAAAUGGAGAGGCUGAAGCGGCGCGCGUGGGAGGACGAGCAGCGCCGCGCAGAGGCACUCGACUCCGAGCUCCAGCGGAUCGACCUGUCCAGUCCUGGACGUACCGAGCAGAUCCCGAAUGUGGGCGAGUAUCAUCUGAGCAACCAGAACCCCAUCGAAUACAUUCUUUGGGACGAACUGGUAGCGCCUCAGGACUUCAUGGGCGUGGGCUCCUUCUACCCCCAGGAACAGAUUCGGGGAUGCGCGAUCCCCUCGAAAGCGGCUAGACGGCUGCAGCUCAUUCCCGACGCGCGCCCCAGGGGCCAUGUGCCGAUCAUCUUGGAGUUCACGACCUACCAGCAUAGGGCCACCUCUGAGACAAAAGAGCUGAAGUGGGAUAGGGACAAAAUCGCUUUCGCCCUGCAAGAAGCAAGCGGUCGCAUCGAGUUCCAGGAGGCCUUGGAAAGUAAGUUUCGGGAAUGCUGGGAGCUAGACCGCCACAACAGCAGCGGAGAUCUAGACGCCUACUGGAAUUGCUGGACCAAUAUCGCUGGAGACGUGGCGCAGUCUUUUUUCCAGACCACGCCGAAGGAGGCCCACCCACAGGCAAGGCAGCGGGCAGUGCAGGAGUUAGUUCGAGAGCAGAUGUUCCCCGCCGAGGGCGCCGCGCCGGUGGCCGAGCAGCGGCCGAGGCGCGCGAAGGCCAAGAACGACGGACAGGCCAAGACAGACCUCAGACUCAAGGGCGGUCAGAAGACGCUGCAGGUGCUGAUGUUGAAGUUCCUUCUCCAGCUGGGCCAGUCCAAGCGCAACGUCGAGGGGGUCGCGUUCGAUUGCCUGAUCCUCGACGGCGCCAGCCAAGAGGCAACCCGGAUGAGCGCCCAAGGUGCGCGCUACAACGAGGCCGUCACGGCUUCCGGCAAAGGCCGCAAUCACGGCCCCCCGCGCCUUUGGGUCUUCGGCGGCCUCCUCGCUGCAUUGCGCCGGCGCAAGGGCGCGGUCGGAGCCGCCAGCGCCAAGAAGCUGAUGGAGCUGAAGCAGGUCAUAGAGACGUGGGACAUGACGAAGCGGGGGGACAUGAUCAAAUUCUGCAAGAUGGAUCAGCGCUACGAUGUCAACAAGCGCAAGCUCAUGCUCCACCUGCACCCAGAGAUACGCCAAUGCAUCAUCGACGCGAUGGUCCAGACGGGCACGGAGUGGAAGCAGGGUCGGGCCCCCGUCAGCCACAUGGAGCGCGAGCUGCAGGACUGGCUGGAGGCCUGCACGAAAGAGUAA